AGGAUGCACUGCAGGCUGUGGACAGUGCUGUGCACCUUGAGCCUGGGUCUGGCUAGGUGGGAGCUGAAGGGUCAGGCCACCCGGAGGCCAGAGGGAAAGGGGGAAACCUCCCCCUCUGCUCUCUUCUUCCCCCUGCAGCCUCACGAUGUGGACCUUCAUGCUCCUGGGCCUUCUCUGUGCCUCGGCCUCUGCCAGUGCCAUCCAGGCCAGGUCCUCCUCCUACAGUGGCGAGUAUGGAAGGGGAGGAGGAGAGCCAUUCUCCCACUCCGGCCUCCAGCUGGAAGGGCCCAUCACAGCCAUCCGUGUCCGGGUCAACAGCCGCUAUAUUGUGGGUCUCCAGGUGCGCUAUGGCCAGGUGUGGAGCGACUACGUGGGUGGCAAGCUGGGAGACCUGGAGGAGAUCUUUCUGCACCCAGGGGAGUCAGUGAUCGCGGUGUCUGGGUCAUACACCUCACGAUGUGGACCUUCAUGCUCCUGGGCCUUCUCUGUGCCUCGGCCUCUGCCAGUGCCAUCCAGGCCAGGUCCUCCUCCUACAAUGGCGAGUACGGAAGUGGAGGAGGAGAGCGAUUCUCCCACUCCGGCCUCCAGCUGGAAGGGCCCAUCACAGCCAUCCGUGUCCGGGUCAACAGCCUCUAUAUCGUGGGUCUCCAGGUGCGCUAUGGCAAGGUGUGGAGCGACUACGUGGGUGGCAAGCUGGGAGACCUGGAGGAGAUCUUUCUGCACCCAGGGGAGUCGGUGAUCCAGGUGUCUGGGAAGUACAAGUACUAUCUGAGGAAGCUGGUCUUUGUGACCGACAAGGGUCGCUACCUGUCCUUUGGGAAAGACACAGGCACGAGCUUCAACGCUGUCCCCUUGCACCCAAACACCGUGCUCCGAUUCAUCAGUGGCCGAGCUGGCUUAUUCGUCAACGCCAUUGGCCUGCACUGGGACAACUACCCCAGCAACUACCCAAGCUACUAACCCAGCAACUGCUGAGCCCGCCUCCUCCGUGGCAGGGCCCCGUGGUGGGGUGUGACAACUCCCUGAUCACUAUUCCCAUACAAAUGGCUCAAUAAAAGGACAUGGCUAAA